CGAAGUUUCUGCGUGUGAUCGGCGUGCGAAAUUUCAGAAUACAUGCAUUCUCAUUGCAUUUGAUUGCAUAAGCCGUAGUUAGCUCGGUUAUUGGAUACCUACUGGUCCUCCACCUGGUUGGAUGGGAUUGUUUUGGUGGUUAUCUGAUUGAUUAAGCCAUGCUGCAGGUUUGGAGAGGAAUUUCCCGGCACGCUCGGGCCGCCCGGCGCGUGUCGGCGGCGCCCCAGUCCCGCGCCGCGAGCUCUUCAGGCCCAGAGGAUGGCGGCUCGGUGGCUGACAUCAGUCAGAUCCCGCUGUCGGAGCCGCUGCCGGGCUUGCCGAUGCCGGUCAGCUCGACGGCCGUGUUCGGCGCCACCGAGACACAGGUCACCACGCUCAGCAACGGCCUGCGCGUCGCCUCAGAGCCCAAGCACGGCCAGCACUGCACCGUCGGAGUGGUGGCUGACGCCGGCUCCCGGUAUGAAGUGGCCUAUCCCAGCGGCGUCUCGCACUUCCUGGAGAAGCUGUCUUUCGGGGCGACUAAAAACUUCAAAGACCGGAACGAGAUCAUGCUGACGUUAGAGCGUCUCGGCGGAAUAUGCGACUGCCAGCAGUCCAGGGAUGUCUCCAUACACGCGGCCUCUGCGGAAGCGAAAAAUGUGAACGCGGUCGUAUCUCUGCUGUCAGAUGUCAUCCUGCGGCCCUUAUUCACGGAGGACGAGAUGGACACCACCCGGAUGAUGGUGCGGUACGAGCUGGAGGACAUGGGCAGAAACCCCCAGAAGGAGGCUCAGCUGAUGGAGAUGAUACAUGCCGCCGCGUACCGGGAGAACACGCUGGGCCUGCCGAAAACGUGCCCGCCGGGCAGCGUGGAAAACAUCAGCCGUCGCCUGCUGUAUACCUACCUGCGCCACCACCUGGCCCCCGAGCGCAUGGUGGUGGCCGGCGUCGGCGUGGAGCACCAGAGGCUUGUGGACGCCGCGCAGAAGUUCUUCGUGGACACGCCCGCAAUCUGGGAGGAGGACCUGGACCUCGUUCUCCCCGGGAAGAUCGGUGUCGACAAAUCAGUCGCCCAGUUCACUGGCGGACAGGUCUUGGAGGAGCAAGACCUGUCGGACGUCUCACUCGGCCCGUCCCCGAUGCCUGAGCUAGCGCACGUGGUGAUCGGCCUCGAGUCGUGCUCCCACCACAGUGACGACUUCGUGGCCACCUGCGUGCUCAGCACGCUGAUGGGCGGCGGCGGCAGCUUCAGCGCCGGCGGACCCGGCAAGGGCAUGUACAGUCGACUCUACACCAACGUGCUCAACAG